AUGUCUCUCUGGAGCUCCUAUCGUGGCCUUAGCCCCAAGACUCGGGCUCUUUUCGGAAUCGGUGUCAUGGCUUGGGCGGGUAUCGGAUUAUGGACCGAGUCGAAGAUCGAGAGCGCGCUCGGUAUGCAGCCCUCGAAGGAAGAGCAGGAAGCGCUGGAUCGGCAGAUGGCGGUGCGGGUCUCGCGUGUUGAUGGGGAUGAGCUGACCCAGAGCCCGGCCAAAUAA